UGGAACAAUACCGUUGCUAUGACGGCAGAAUGCCCACCUUCCCGGCGCCGCCAUCUUGUUGUUGAUUCGAACCGUAGGGAGCGGGUGAGGGAAGUCUUGAAGCCGGCCUGGGGGUACCCAGCAGCAGCGCCCCCCGGGCGGGCAGGCAGGGGGAAGUUUCUCUUGGUAAAUGUCGGUCUCCUGCUCUUCGGGGUGGGGCUGCGUUCGGCGGGAGGUCGCUUCUGUAGUCUGGGCUUCGUUCGGGGAGGACGUUUGAUUGUUGGCACACGUUUUCUUCCUGAGCUAUUUGAGUGGUAAUAAUUUCCUUCCUCGAGACACCACUCCUUCCACCCCAUGCAGCACUCUCUGCGCCCCAAGUGUGUGACUGGUGCCCUACGCAAUGUGUGUUUGUCAAACCAUGGAGGUGGGGAAGCAUGGCAAGAACGCAACCCACACAAGAGGCCGAGGGGUCCUGCUGGAGCCUUUCAUCCAUCAGGUGGGCGGCCACAGCAGCAUGAUGCGCUACGAUGACCACACUGUGUGCAAGCCUCUCAUCACCAGAGAACAGCGCUUCUAUGAAUCCUUGCCUCCAGAAAUGAAAGAAUUCACACCUGAGUACAAAGGUGUUGUAUCCGUUUGUUUUGAAGGAGACAGUGAUGGCUACAUUAACUUGGUAGCCUACCCCUAUGUGGAGAGUGAAGCCUUGGAGCAGGAGGACACGCCGGAGAGAGACCAACCACGUCGCAAACACUCUCGCAGGAGCCUCAACCGGUCAGGGAGUAGCAGUGAGCACAAAGAGGAGAAAGCAGGCCUGGCCUCUGAAACUCCAGAAAGCAUCCAGGACACAAAAGGUCUCAAGAGUGUCCAUUCAGAUGUUCCAUUUCAGAUGCUAGAUGGAAACAGCAGUGUGAGUUCUGAGAAGAUCACCUUCAAUCCAUGGAGUCUGCGCUGCCACAAGCAACAAGUGAGCCGUAUGCGCUCAGAGUCCAAGGAGCGAAAGCUCUACAAAUUCCUUUUGCUGGAGAAUGUGGUACACCACUUCAAACUUCCUUGUGUGCUUGACUUGAAAAUGGGGACCAGACAGCAUGGGGAUGAUGCAUCUGAGGAGAAGGCUGCUCGGCAAAUGAAGAAGUGUGCACAGAGCACUUCAGCCACACUAGGAGUACGAGUUUGUGGAAUGCAGGUUUAUCAGCUGGAUACAGGGCAUUAUUUGUGCAGGAAUAAAUACUAUGGUAGAGGUCUUUCCAUUGAGGGUUUUCGCAGUGCUCUCUACCAAUAUCUCCAUAAUGGUGUUGAGCUACGAAAGGACCUCUUUGAGCCCAUCCUUAGCAAACUGCGGAGUCUGAAAGCUGUGUUGGAGAAACAGGCCUCCUAUCGCUUCUAUUCGAGCUCUUUGCUCAUCAUCUAUGAUGGGAAGGAUGGCUUGUCAGAGGCACACAUGAAGCCAGUGGACCUCUCUCCCACAGACAACCUACAAGAUUCCAGCAGCACAGAGGCACCCACUCUCCAGCCCAAGGUGGAUGUCCGUAUGAUUGACUUUGCACACAGCACAUUCAAAGGCUUUCGGGAUGACCCCACUGUACAUGAUGGCCCUGACAUGGGGUAUGUCUUUGGACUAGAGAGUCUUAUCAACAUAAUAGGACAGCUGCGAGAUGAGAAUCAGUAGCCUUGGGCUGGAUUUCUUAAUUUUUUCCCUUGGUUAUAGGAACAAAAAGGACCACAGCUCCUACAGAGAAAGCAGACCCUGCUGCUUUGAAAAUAUGAUGUUGCUCCAACGUACUUAAUUUCAUCAAAGGACAUGACACCCCGGACGAUCCUGGCAAAAUGGCUGUGAUGAUCCUGACCUGAACUCUUUGGUGGGAGAGACAAUCUCAUGGACCCUUGUGUUGGGCAUUUUUUACCUGGCACUUGGCCCAUGUUGUGCACAGCCCUGUGCUUAUAUGUCUGUUAAGAAUGUGGAAACUAACUCCAAACAAAAGAAGAGGGGUGAUAUUCUAGGGGGGUAGAUUUUGGAAUUCUGAUAUCCUCCUUCCUCAUCAGCCUUCAGCUGAGGCUCUAUGGUUUGAACUUCUCUUCUUUUGCUCCAAAAGGGCAUUCAGAUCCAAGCAAACAUUAGUUAUGGGGCUGAUUGAGGCACAUGAUUUGCACAUACUCCACUCUGCUGUUGCUGCCCCAAGCAGAUGUGAGAGACUCUUCUAGAGGUUACAGAUGAUACUUCAUUUAUCUUCUCCGAUCUGGGCAUUCUCAGAUUAUCCCAACUGGGGAAAUAAAUGACCAAAGGAAAAUAAGUGCAGUGCUUUAAUGGUUUUGUUUUGCAUCCUGUUGGUGAAGUUUGCCUACCUCCCCUCACUGUUUCCUGCAGUUGAUAGAAACGCCAAAUUCCAGCAUGGUCUGGUUAAGUGUCUGCAUCAUCAUCAAGGUCUCUAAUGUUAUGGAACAUUCUGGCUGCUUAAGCUAGUGUCGGUUUCACAUUCAGUCUGAUCCUUGCAUAUAACCAAUUAGGCAUGUGCUGUUUCAGAUCUUGAUGAUGUAGUAGUCUCUGAUCCAGCCUCAUUCCAAUCCAAGCAGUACGGUGCUGGAUUGCAGCUUCCCCUGCUUCUGUUCCCAGCAGGCAUCCUGCUGAAAUUGAGCACUUCCAUACCACUUCCACCCACAAAAAUAAAGUACCUGUGAGACAGUUGAUGAGAAAUUUGGGCAUCUUCAUUUUUGGAACUUAUCCCCAAUGCAGAGGGAAGUAUCCGUCUGGCUCUGAAUGGUGGCCCUCUUCUGAAAAGUGCUGCCACCUGGGUUUGUUUUGACCUCAGGGAAUUGGUGUUUGCUGGCCUUGUUCCUCUGGCUAGUGACUUUUUGAAUGCAGCUGGGCCAUGUUCCAGCCUCAUGUAUGUAUAUGGGUUUUGUGCAGGGGUGGGGAGGGGGUGAGGAGAGGUGUUAGUGGUUUACAGCAUUAGUAGUGACAGCACUAGAUUACUGUAUGGAUAAAAUUAGUUUAAAGCUCUUGGUGGUUGUGAGAGCUGAAUGAUCUGUUCCUUGGGAAACAGUCACUCUCAUUAGGGCUGGGCCUAGUACAGAGAAAUGCACUAGACCUCUUUGAAAAUGCACUUUGUGGGGAAGGGGUUUGCUGCCACAGGGAAUCGCUGUCGAGGCAUUACAGUUGAAGACAGCUGUCCCACGUGUUUACUGAUGGAUUCAUUAGGAAGGGUUCGCUUUUGUCCUAGAGCUCCUGGUUUCUGUAUUGAAUCUUGUGCUUUUCUUUUAGACAGGUAUAACCUUCACAGGUCCAUCUUGAUAGUAUUGGUGGCUCUCUUUCAUCAAGGAGUACCUGGUGGAAUUUUCUCAAGUGCCAGGCUGUGUAGUCUGCAGAAGCAAAGCUUCCUGAUGCUAUUCUGCACAUCACGAGGAACGGAGGGGGAAGCCCCUUUUUUCUGUUGACCAACUCAGCUCUUGUUCUACAUCUUGCUGUUUGCCAGGUGUAGCCUCUGUAACCAGAUAUCUCUUAUGCUUGGGAACAAUGCUGUUUUCCCAGCAUUACUUUGACUCCCAGAUCUUUAAGGGGAAGGUUUUGUUUUCUGCUUACCCCUGCUUUGACCUCUUCAUAUAAAGUUUGAGGAAUCAAAGUAAUUGUCGUGUUUUGGUUCAACUGCAUCCUUCAUGAUUGCUGUGAAAAUCUACACCACAUAAGAGGGUUUUUUUAUCCCAGCAUGAGUUUUUAUAUAAUAGGGAAGAGUAUAGAAAAGUAUUCUCUAAAUUUCAGUGAUUCCUUCCUUGAGUCCCUUAUUUUAAAAUAAUAUUUUAAAACAAACCCAACCCAGUGGAUUACUGAGAUCCUCACGUCAAAGAGCAUGUAAAUAGCACUCCCCCCCCUUUUAUGUUUCCUACUUUUGUUUUUAUGACACUAUAAUUCUAUUUGUUUGCUCCAAAAGGAACCAAAAAUACUAAAGAUCAUGGAUUUGUCAAUGUUUUAGCAUUGUGUCAGUUUUCAGACCAUGGAACUGCAAAGCACAGUCAUGUUCAAUAGCAAUAAGCUUUCCGAGCUGAAGUUCUUUAAUUUAAGCAAGUGACAUGGUUGUGACCAAGGUUCCCUCUAAGGCGUGCGUGCGCACAGGCACACAGAGCUUGGUCAGCACUGCAGCAGCAGCCAGGGUCCAUGCCCGUUUACCUCCGGGUUUCAGAUGAAACCCUGCCCACCACGCACAGACAGGUGAGGCUCCUGCACAGCAGGGGUGGCCAUUAGAGGGAACAUUGCUUGUGACUAUUUUUAGAACGAGUACCUUGCAUAUUUGAAGGGGUUUCCUUUCACUGGUAGAGGUCUGCUUGCAACCAGGCACCAUAGAAAUGGAAUAGAAAUGGUUUCUUCUGAGUCCUUGCAAGAUGCCUGCCCAUAUGCUGCCCCUUGGCAAGUUUUUGGUGUGUGCCUGCACACAAGUGCUUGUGUGCAGCCUGUCUGGACUGAAGGAGCUGGAAUUCAGAUGUAUGGGCAGAGCUGUGUAUGGAAACACCCACAGGGUUUGUUAGGCAAGUACUCAUACUGUCAGAGCAGAUGAAUUCAAAUGUAUUUCACCGUAAGAGUUAUUUUAAGCCAUCCCUUUGGCCAUGCAGCAACAUUAGUUUCUGCAGCUUGACAUUUGCUUUGGAUUGAAAAUGAGGCUGCAAGGUAAAAGUGCCUUGUGGAAGGCACUGAGCAAGAGAUGGGCAGGUCUGAAGGUAAAAAAAAGAGUGUUUGCCCGCAGCACCUCAUCUCCCAGUUGAGGGAUAUGAUGAACUCUUGGUUGAACUUUGCACCUUUUGAACAAAAUGAAAUAUCCUCUGUGUUUUGUAGUAACUUGUGGGAUCGACCCACGAAAGAAUUAAUGGAAAUCUUACAUAUAACUGCCAAGCAGGCAGCAUAGUUCGCUGCUCUUAGUAAUUUCUCUUGGUGGCAGUGGAGGUUCCUACUUGUUUGCUAGGGAAAAGGAGGCCCAGAUGCUGAAGUAUGAUUAGAGAGGUUUGAAUACCACCACCCCCAGCCUUGAAACAAAGGGAACUAAAUUUGCCCCAGGUGGCACAGUCUGCCCUGGGGCUUUUGCGCAGUAUUCCAUCCUGCUCUGUUUUACGGAAUAAGUGGGACAAUGUUUUUGCUAACACAGGAUCCACAUUUCUUACAGUGCAGUUAGUCUCCUGAUACUGGUCAUAUUUAUGGAAAUCUAUAACUUUCCUGUUGCUUCUACCUCAUUGUCUAAAAUAUAAUCCUUCAAGAUAGUAAUUAAACUCCUUGUGCCAUUUAGAGGUAUUGUCAGAGAACUGGAAGCUAGAUUGCAGGUAUGUAGAUGCCAAGAGUAAUGUGCAAAAGCACAUAGCCUAAGAUAAUAUUUGGUUGACUCUGAAAAACUUAAAAGUGAAGAAAUUACACCACCACCACGCCAUGGUCCUUAGUUAGAACUAAGGUGGUGUUGCUUUUUCAUGUGAUUUUAAAAGCUCAUCAUUAGACAAGAGUGUAAACAGUCCUAUCUUGAAAUAUGUAGAAGACCCAUCAGGAAAAUAUGAGCAUACUGUACUUUGGUAAAGAGGCUGCUGAUCUGGACAAAUGUGUCCUGCCAAGCCAUUUUGCAUGCAUGCGAUACAUUCAGGUCCUAUUCUGGAGACUUGUGUAAAUAAUCUUUGCAGUCUGUUUCUCCUGGAACAGCCCCGCUUGUUUGUUGCCCUUUACGGCUUGCUGACACAUUUAUGUCCAGUAGCGUUGAUUCUUGUAGCAGGACUUUGCACGUACUGUGUAUUUGCCUUUCACGUAGAUGAUAAAUAUGCUUUUUCAGCCUUCUGGAAUACAUAGCCAGCUCUCUCUCUCUCUAGCAAUACAUAGAAACUGCUAGUGUUGGUGUAUGAACAAUAUAGGGGUUUCCCUUAUUUUACCACUAAGGGCCAAAUUUGAGUUCACAUGAUAAGUACUCAGUUUAUUUUGUAUUGAUGGCAGCUGCUGCCUUGGAAGUGUCUCUUCCUCUCCUCCGCAGGAGGUGUACUACUGCACUGUGCUUUUUGUUAAUAACUCACUUUUCCCUUUUAGCUGGAACAGGAGCCACCUUCUCUUUCUUAGCACCUUUGUAGCCUGGACCUGCUGCACGAUCUUUCCAAAAUAUCAGAUCAGAUAUUUCCCUUUGAACGAUGGAGAGUUGCACUUUGGAUAAUGCUCAGUCUAGAUUACUCCAAAGAAGGCCCUUUGUGUUUCAUGGGGAAGGUUUUGUGAUAUGAAUUUGUCUCCUACCUUAUCUAUUUCUGCACCUGAAACAAGUUCAAGGAAGAAAAGGAAACUUAGUUUCUCUUGAACACUAGUGAAUCCUGAAUGUCAGUUUCAAUUCUGUAGCCUUAUUCACCUGCCUGCAGUUAAUGUUUCCCAUGUACAUCACAUCUCCCCACAGAGGACCAAACCAGAGCUCAGAUCAGAACCCAGCUGCCAGCCUGCUGCUCGCUGACUAGCUGAGAUGGUCAGCAGGAACAGGGAAUGGUAUCCUUGCUAGCCAAUAGUAUCUCCUUUGAGAGCAAGAUCAACAGCUUGCCACAGCCCUGUGCACCCGCCCACCCGUUCUGCUGCUAUUGGUCUUUAUUGCACAGGUGCAGCCUGCGGGCUAUGCUGCUCUAUGCCAAUUUGAGGGAAUCUGCUUUUCAUGGCUUGGUAUGAAAUGGUUUAUUUUGUAUUCAAAAGAAGAGGCAAGUUUUGUUGGUUUCACAGACUACUUCGUGACAUUCUGGAGGUGGAGAAGGGUGGGGGACUCGGGCUGCAAGGCCGAUGUAACUGCUUGUUUUACAAUAAGUCUGGAAUGAAUCAUCCAAGUCAGGUUUGGACUUUGGUUUUAUUUGUACUAUUACUGCAUGCUUAUCUCAGGAGCAAAAUGUUGUUUUUUAUAUACUUUGAGAAGCCUUGGUGUGGAAUGGUCUCUAUGAGAACUGCUUGAAAGGGGAGAAAUGUUACUGUGAGAGCAGGGAACAGAACUGUGCCCUGCAGGAAUGUUUCCCUUCUGUCUCUUCUGACUUUUCUGGAGAGAUGCAGCAUCACAUCACAAACAUCUUGUAUAUUUUUCAUAAUCUGUUUCCAUGCCACUUUGUUGGGCCAAGUCAAGUUUUGGGCAUGAAAAAUAACAAUUAUCUGUAUACCAUACACUGCAUCCCUAGCUCUCCUAUUGUGUAUAAAGUCAUAUGUAUAUAUAAAUAAACUGUUAGACAUUUAAUAAUG